AUGGAUUUUCCUGCAGGCGUAGGAAAUCCAUGUGGUUAUUUUGAUGAGCAGCAUAGGGGAUCGCACUACGUCCCAGACUGUUCUGAUUACUCCUAUGAUGCACAAGAGUACUGUUCUAAUGAUUAUGAAACAUGUGCAGGUAUGGAGGAUCAACCCCGCUCCAGUUGGGAGGUUCUGUUAGAAGUUUGCAUUACUGAGGUUCUCAACCAUAGAAAGGUGACGAACAAAAGGUUGGAGAAUUUGGAAAGAAAUACCAGCGCCUUGGAAAGAGGGUUGGCAAACCUCGCUACUCAAGUCGGGAUGCUGGAAUUCAACCUUGGGAUCUUAGCCACAACCAUAGGAAACAGGCACACUCCAGGGUCGCUUCCUAGCCUGCCAGAAAUAAACCCGAAAGGAAAAUGUCACGCGGUGCAGCUACGCAGCGGGACUACAUAUCAACCUCCGGAGGCAGGAGACCUGGGCAGGAGAGGAAGAGAAAUAGAAAAACCACCUGGUACCUUGUCUGUCGAUGAUGUGCGGCGGCCCGCCGCAUUCCAACACGGCGACCCGCCGCGUACACACCAACAGGACGAGGAAGAUUCUGGAAUUGGCAUGGCUGAAGACCCGGCGGUCGCCACGCCCCAUCGCGGCGGUCCGCCGGCCGAUAAACAGCAAGCAGAUGCUUUACCACAAAGCAGUGUCACCAUUCCAUAUCCUCAACGAUUGAAGAGCAAGAAGCUUGACGCUCAGUUUACCAAGUUCUUGGAAGCAAUGAGCAAAGUCCACAUCAACAUUCCACUGGUAGAAGCCCUUCAACAAAUGCCCAAUUACGCCAAAUUUUUGAAAGAUGUUGUGGCAAAGAAGAGAAAGUGGGGGAAGUACGAGACAGUGGGCCUAACGGAGAGCUGCAGCGCUAUCAUUCAAAAAGGGUUACCCACCAAGCACAAAGAUCCAGGGAGUUUUACAUUAUCUUGUGUUUUAGGGAAUGAUGUGAAAGGUAAGGCGUUAUGUGAUUUAGGAUCCAGUAUUAAUUUGAUGCCUUUAUCUUUUUACAGGAAACUCGACGUUGAUAGUAUCCGUCCCACCUCAAUCACGUUGCAAAUGGCAGAUCGUAGCACAACAACGCCAAUGGGGAUAGUGGAAGAUGUCUUGGUAAGAGUGGGAGAGUUUAUUUUUCCUGCUGACUUCGUUGUGUUGGAUAUGCAGGAAGACAAGAAGGUGCCUUUGAUCCUUGGAAGACCAUUCUUAGCCACUGGCGGAGCCAUGAUAGAUGUACAAAAGGGAGAGCUGACAUUGAAGUUGAACGAUGAAAGCAUCACAUUUAACAUCUACGGUGCACUGAAAUUCCAUGGAAAGGAGGGGGCAGAAGGCUAUCAAGAAUGCAGUGUCAUACAAAUCGUUACCGACUGUGUGGGAGAAGUAGAAGUCACUUAUCAUCAAACCCAGGAUCCUCUUGAAUCUUGUCUCAUAAACUCAUUUACUCCUAAUGCUGAUUUAUCAUCUUGUGAUGCAAGUGUUUGUGCAGUGGUGACAGAAUUGGAAGCGCUACCGGAGAGAAUUCCUCAAAAGGGAAAUGCAUUUUUGCCAUUGCGUACCCCCGAAGAAGAGGAAGAAAGAAGGCAGGCAGUGGGAAAACCACGGGGACCACCAAAGGUGGAGCUAAAGCCGCUCCCCGAGUGGUGUCCGCUGCAUUGA